AUGGGCAGCUACCUCCAGGAGACGCUGCGCUGCAAGGGCACCAAGAUCUGCAGCCCGUUCGCGCGCGAGAUCAACGGAAAGGAGGUCAUCGGAUAUGUCUCGUCCGGGACAGGCGAAGUGUUUGCCUACUCGGAGGGGAAGCACUCGGCGCUCGCGUACACAGGCGGCGAGCCGUACGGCGCAGUCUUUGACGCGCACGGCAAGGUGCACAUCGCCGACUGCGCGCACGCUGCGAUUCUGCGCGUCGACCUCGCCAACCACAGCCACCAGCCCGGCAUCGUCGUCAAGGUCUACGAGGAAAAGCCCUUUCGCGGCCCCAGCAGCAUUGCGAUUUCGCCGGCCAACACGUACUUUACCGACAGCGGGCCGCUCGGCGAGACGACGCUCGAGAACCCACGCGGCAGCGUCUUUUGCAUCGCCGCCAACCCGAGCGGCGGCCAAAUUCUCAAGCCAUUGGCGCUCGACUGCCUCGCCCACCCGUGCGCCGUCGCCGUCUCGCCCGAUUCGAAGCUCGUGUAG